AUGGCUGCCUCAUCUUGCCUCUUAUUCUCGUUCAUAUUCUUCAUCGUAUCUCCAUUACCGUUAUCAUGGUCAUCGAGUGGAAGAUCCGUGACCUUCGGAGAGUACACUCGUUCUAGUGAUCAGAACUUCAGUCUCGGUGCGGUAGUUGAUUACUCCUCGAGAGCUGGAAUGGAGGAGGGAAUAGCUAUGAGGAUCGCGGUCGAGGAUUUCUGUGCCCAAGCCAGCGGAUGCAUCACCUUGCAUCUCAAGAACUCACGAGGCAAUCCUUCCCGAGGUGCCCAUGCCGCUAGAAAUUUGAUUAAUAAUCGUGUGAGAGCCAUCGUGGACCUGGGAACUGUACGCGAGGCGGCUUCCAUCGCCGAAAUCGGCAACAGAUCAAAGGUUCCGGUUCUCUCCUUGGCGAGUGAAAUUCCGAGCUGGGUCUCUUGGAAAUGGCCUUUCCUAGUCAAGGCCGCUCACAGUCAGCACUCUCAGAUGGAAGCUAUUGCGACUGUAAUACAAAGUUGGCGAUGGCGGAAGGUGAACAUCAUCUACGAAGAUGAUACCGGCUCAGCCUCCUCUACGAUCACCUUGCCAUCUCUCUUCACUGCUCUCCAAGAUGCAGGCAUCGAGGUAAAUGACCUCUUGGCUCUCCCUCCUUCGUCUGAGUAUUACUCGUUGUCGGAGAAAUUAGACAGGCUCCGGAGAGGACAGUGCCGGGUGUUCAUCGUGCACACGAAAGUAAAGCUCGGAGUUGCUGUAUUCAGAGAAGCAAAGGAUAUGGGGAUGAUGGACAGCGGGCAGGAGUCAGUAUGGAUCACCACUGCCGACAUCACGAACUACAUGGACACCUUGGACCCCACGGCCAUCUCCUCGAUGCAAGGUGUACUUGGCGUGAGGACGUACUUUCCCCAUGGCACAAAGAAGCUGAAGGAUUUCUCGUCGAGAUUCAAAUCCAUUUCUCAGGCACGAGGUAGCAUCCAUAAGCGGAACGUAGAGCCAGGAAUUGAUGCACUGCGGGCGUAUGAUGCUGUCUGGGCGCUAGCUCUUGCCUUGAAGAAUGCUCCUGUGGGUGCACCGAGUACUGGAGGUCGCGAGACAUCCAAUAAAGUUGGAACCGACUCGACCGAAGGGCAGGCCUUGUUGGAUAAUAUCCUCAGCAGCAGUUUCAUAGGUCUAACUGGGCAGUUCAAGUUCGUUAAUGGUUCACUAGAACCUGCACGAACUUUCGAAUUAGUCAAUGUGGUCGGGAGGGCAUAUCGGGAAAUUGGAUAUUGGACUAAGGGUUUGGGUUUUUCAAAAGGAAUCGAUGAGAACAGCACCUACAAUUAUUCAAUGAGUAUUUUGGGCCCAAUAUUAUGGCCCGGUGGGCCCUGGGCCAUCCCUAGAGGAUGGGUCAUUCCGACGAAAGGAAACAAGCUCAAGAUCGGGGUCCCCUUCGGGAACGCCCAUAUGGAGUUCGUGUAUGCGAGAUACGAGAGCCCGGGGGCUAACUUGACGGUCACCGGUUUCUCCAUCAAUGUCUUUAAUGCUGCCUUGAUGCAACUGCCUUAUCAUGUGGAGUGCGAGUUUCACGCGUUCAAUGGCACGUACGACUCUUUGGUACAGAGGGUUUACUCCAAGGAAGUUGAUGCAGUGGUCGCGGAUACCGCAAUCGUAGCCAACCGCUAUCAGUACGCCGAGUUCUCGCAGCCUUACUCGGACUCGAAUCUACAGAUAAUCAUAUACGUCCAGCCUACAACAUUCGGAAGGGCUUGGCUGAUCCUGAAGCCGUUCACAUCAAGCAUGUGGAUCGCAACCAUAUUCGUGAACACCUUGUGUGGAUUUACAGUGUACGUGAUCGAACGGAUGCACUACAAGGACGUGUUUCGAGGGAGCGUACUGAACCAGACCAUAGUGAUGCUCACGCUGACUUUCACGACAUUGUUCUCUCUUCAAGGAAGGAAGUUACACAGCAACAUGUCGAGGAUAAUUAUGGUCGUAUGGUUAUUUGUUGCCCUGGUGAUAACACAGAGUUACACUGCGAGCCUCACUAGUUUUCUCACCGUAGAGAAGCUCACCCAAGUCGAUGUCACAGUCGAGUCACUGGUUAGAGACAGAGUACAAGUCGGUUGCGACCGGAACUCCUUCGUGGUGAAGCAUUUGGAGGGCAUAGGGUUCCGCCCAUCCAACAUACGGACAUACUCUGAGGACGACUACACCCGAGCCCUUAAGAGCGGAGAGAUUGGGGCUGCGUUCUUGGAGUCUCCUCAUGCGAGGGUGUUCCUCGCCAAGAACUGCAAGGGCUUCACCACGGCAAAGCAGACUGUCGAAGUCGGAGGAUUCGGAUUUGUUUUCCCGAAGAACUCUCCAUAUUUGCCGGACAUCUCCGAGGCGGUUCUGAGAAUAGCUGAGAGUGGAACGAUACGGGAUCUUGAGAAUUCAAUGUUAAACUCAUACAAGUGUGCAUCUUCCGAAGCUGAUAGCAAUCAGCAAAAGAUUGGAAUUGAGAGCUUCUUGGGAUUAUUUGGAGUCGCGAUUGCAACAUCGGUUGUCUGCCUAGUGCUAUUCGUGCUUCACCUUGGUUCGGAUAAUUCAUCAGAUGUCUCCAACGAUAAAAAGAAGACUGAGUGCUAA